CUUACGUGAAGUUGUGUGCCAAUUAGAAUCAGCUCUAAACCUACGGAGAUAGUGCGAUAUUUGGGGUUUACCCUAGACGCCCCUGGCGAGGGUGAGGAGUCAAAAGGAACUGGGAAACGGGACCGGAUCCCAAAUCCUGACAGCUUUAUGGAGCCCAGUUCUGGCAGGCUUCCAGGACUUGAAGCCACCAGAUCCCACAUGGAACCACGGGCCUCAUGUCCAGCUGCUGAACCCUUGAUAGCAAGACAGUUCCAUGUUCUUGUGGGUGUUACUGGGAGUGUUGCAGCCUUGAAGUUACCUCUUCUGGUGUCAAAGCUUUUGGACAUUUCUGGCCUGGAAGUAGCAGUGGUCACAACUGAAAGAGCCAAACAUUUCUACAGCCCCCAGGACAUUCCUGUCACCCUCUACAGCGAUGCGGAUGAAUGGGAGAUGUGGAAGUGCCGGUCUGACCCAGUUCUCCACAUUGACCUUCGGAGGUGGGCAGACCUUAUGCUGGUGGCUCCUCUUGAUGCCAACACUCUGGGGAAGGUGGCCAGUGGCAUCUGUGACAACUUGCUUACCUGUGUCAUCCGGGCCUGGGACCGCAGAAAGCCCCUGCUCUUCUGCCCAGCAAUGAACACUGCCAUGUGGGAGCAUCCCCUUACCUCGCAGCAGGUGGGCCAGCUCCAGGCCUUUGGCUAUAUCGAGAUCCCCUGUGUGGCCAAGAAGCUGGUGUGUGGAGACCAAGGUCUGGGGGCCAUGGCUGAGGUGGACACCAUUGUGGACAAAGUGAAGGAAGUUCUCUCCCAGCACGCUGGCUUUCAGCAGAGUUGAACCCAGGAUAUCUCAUGUGUGUCCUUCUGCACCCAGUGCGUUUUCAGGCCGUGUCAGUGAAGGUGGACACUGGCAAAGUAUGGUGAGAAUUCACCUUUGCGGAGUAAGGGUCUAGCCUGGGCCUGCUCCACAGUCUCCGAAGGCCCGACCUGCCCCAAGGUAAAUUGGACCAAAGGCCCAGUUCUCAACUUCUUUCAGCCAGGAGACUCCCUGCUAUCUGGAGUUCCUCCCCCUCCUUUUCCUGGAAUGGUUCCAGCAAGCCAGAGGGGCAAGUUGCUGUAUGUCCCUGUGCCUCUGGGAGGAGACUGAGGAGUGACUGGCCAACCUGAUUCUACACUGUGCCCAGGAACCACUUUUAGAAAUGGUCUCAGCUGGAGAUUCCCGGGGUGGUGAGCCCCUGGCCUCGCCUUUGGAACGUCAGCUGCCCUGCAGAGUCAGGAAAGCCUGUAAGUUUGAAAGACCCUGGCCGUGCUGUAAGAUUGGGGAUACUGGGAAAUAAAGUGACCUUUUGAGAGA